AUGGAGUCUUGGAGCCAUGUUUCUGGGGGGAAAGGAUCUAUCGCAAAUGAUACAAUUUCACCUUCGGAUUCUUCUGCAAGAAGUAAAAACAUAUUGAUAGGCUGGGAAUUGAAAAGUUUUGGUAAUAACAUGUUAGUCUCAGGUCAACAACAAGCUAUUGAGAACCAAGGUUUUAGUGAAUUUGGUAUUCAAGAAUUGGUAGGAAAAAGAAUACCUAGCAAUCCAAUUAGAGAUGUUUUGAGUAGAAAAGAAAGUAGUGGAAGAAUGAUGAGUCCAUUUAUGCCUACCUCAAGCUCAUUUCUUGUUGAAGAUGAGUCCACUUCAAAGCUUUCAAGCUCUGUGGUGGACUCCAACAGCAGUAGGGACUCAUCACUUUUUGAUCUAAAGCUAGGCAGGUUUGUUGAGCAAAGAGAUGCUCAUGCUCAUAACUCUAAGAUUUCUAGAGGAGCCCCUCUCUUGUCUUCUUCGGAGUCGUCUACGCCUCCAAAGAGAGCGAGAUUAGCCGAACUUACUUCGCAUACUGCCUUUUGCCAAGUUUAUGGUUGUAAUAAGGAUCUCAGCUCCUCAAAAGACUACCACAAGAGGCAUAAAGUUUGUGAGGUUCACUCAAAGACAGCUAAAGUUAUUGUGAAUGGCCUUGAGCAGAGAUUUUGUCAACAAUGUAGCAGGCAGAAUGCCAUAUGUGAUGUAAAAUGUGGUUAA